GCUCCGAAUUCCAAAUUCCAAAUUCCAUUGCCCACCCAUUGCGAUUAGUAGAGACAGAGACGGUUUGUUAAGUUUAGUUAGUUGUUAAUUGUUGUAUGAGACGAUAGUAAAGAAUCGAGAUUUUCAGCCACUAUGAUAGUUCCAACCAUCAGUCCAGCCAUUAGAAAAGUCUUUGUAUUACUAUCAUGUACUUUCUUUGGUUUAAGUUGUGGUACAUUAUAUUUAUAUUCUUCAUAUAGUCCUCAAUUGGCUAAACAACUUAAUUAUACUGCUUCAGGUUCUUCAACUAUUGCACUUAUUGGCAACUUUGGAGCCGCAAUUAGUGGUCCACUAGCCGGUCUAGUAGUCGAUAGAAAAGGUUAUACAAUGUCAAUUAUUAUAGGAGGAUUAUUUAUUAUGUCAGGAUAUUUAGGAUUAAAAAGACAAUUUGAUACUAUUUAUGGAAAUGUAAUAUUAUCAUCAUGUUUAUUACUUUUAGUUGGAUCAGGUUCAACCUUUAUAAAUUAUGCUUGCUUAAAAUGUUGUGCUAUAAGUUUCCCAAGUAUAAGAGGAGUAGCAACAUCUUUACCAUUAGCAUUAUAUGGAUUAAGUGCAUUAUUUUAUUCAGUAAUUGCUUCAAUGUUCUUUCCAGGUGAUACAUCAUCAUUCUUAGGAUUUCUUGCUUAUUCAUCAAUUGUAAUCUUCUGUAUAUGUGCUCCAAGUAUUAUGCUUUGUGAUAAGGAUCAUAAUCCAAAACAACAACAACAACAGCAAACACUUCCUCGAAGAAAUUCUGUAUCAGAAAAGAAAUUGGUUACUAAUCCUAAUUCUGCCUAUCAGAAAUUAGAAUUAGAAGAUUCUAAAGAUAUUACAGGAUUUGCCUUAGUUAAAUGUUAUAGAUUUUGGCUUCUCUUUAUAGCCACCGGUUCAUUAGCGUCAUUGGGUCAAAUGUAUAUAUAUUCGGUUGGAUAUAUGGUUAAGGCACUUAUAAGUUAUCGAAUUCAAUCUGAACAAAUUAUAGAUGGAGAUAUAAUAAUUCAAAAGGAUCAACAAUUUCAAGUGGGAUUAAUAUCAACUGCUAAUUGUAUAGGUAGAAUUAUAAGUGGAAUAAUGGGAGAUAUAAUAACUCAAUCAUUUAAUAAACCUCGAUCUUUAUUAUUAUAUUUACCAUCUAUUGGAUUAAUGCUUACUCAAUUAAUGGGAUUAUUUAUUAGGGAAGAUUCUACUUUACCAAUAGAUUCAUUUCUUACAGGAUUAUUUUAUGGAUUUAUCUUUUGUAUAAUGCCAAUAAUUGUUGGUGAUACAUUUGGUAUGACUAAUUUUUCAUCUAAUUGGGGCAUUGUAUCUUUAGCUCCAAUAAUUCCUAGUAUAUUCUUUACCAGAUUAUUUGGGAAUAUAUAUGAUUCUAAUUCAAUUAUAGAUGAAAUUAAAGGAGGGGUUAUAUGUACUUUGGGUAAUGAAUGUUAUAAUUCAAUAUUUAAAUUAACUUUUGCUAUAAGUAUUAUAUCAUUUAUUACUGUUUCAUUAAUUAAUGCUAAAGUAGAUGUUGCUAAUUUCUUUAAGCAUGAAGACAGUCUACCGAUACUGAAAGUGAAAACGAAGUCAAUUAAAUAAUGUAUAUAAAUACGAACUAAUAAAUAAAAACUAACUACUAACUACUAACUACUAACUAUCUACCGUCUCGAAUUCAAUCUCCCUAAUCGGGAUAUAGACGGACUAUUAAUUAACCUUGAAG